AAAGGUCAUUUGAAUAAGGUCAGAGGCGGUGCCUUUAGACAGCACGUUGCCUGUUGCAUGCACACCGUCUACAACAGCAGAAACUGCAUCUAGGCCUAGGCUAGGAAAAUAGACAUAAACUGUGAAGAACAUGGCAAGUGAAAGAAAGACAUUGAUCGUUGUUGGUUCGAGGAGAAGCGAGCUUGCAAUGAUACAGACAAAGAAAGUAAUAAGUGCUUUGAAGGAAGUUGAUCCUGAGAUGGAAUAUCAGAUUGAAACCAUGGAAACCAUAGGUGAUAAGAUCCAGGAUAAAGCAUUGUCUAAAAUAGGACAGACAAACCUUUUCACAAAGGAAUUAGAACAAGCAUUAGCAGAUAAACAUGUCGACAUGAUUGUGCACUCUUUCAAGGAUUUACCAACGACACUUCCUGAUGGCAUGGUCAUAGCUUCUGUGAUCAAGAGAGAUGAUCCCCAUGAUGCUGUAGUUUUUCAUCCUAAGCAUGCUGGGAAGACUUUGCGAACUUUACCUACAGGCAGUGUUCUAGGGACAAGUUCCGUAAGGAGAAGAGCACAAUUAAAGAGAUGUUAUCCGAACUUAGCUUUUAAAGAUGUUCGAGGUAAUCUUAAUACUCGUUUGCGUAAAUUGGAUGAGGCAGAUGACUACAGCGCCCUCAUAUUAGCCAAGGCAGGUCUCGAACGAAUGGGAUGGAAUUCACGAAUUAAUCAGGUUCUAGGACCAAAUGAGUGCAUGUACUCGGUAAGUCAAGGAGCGAUAGCCAUCGAGGUCAGAUCAGAUGAUAAUAAAAUGAUUGAAUUUCUGUCAAAACUCCACCACAUGGAUUCGUUACUAGAGUGUAUAGCUGAGCGUGCUCUGUUGCGUAAGCUGGAAGGGGGUUGUAGCGCCCCAGUUGGAGUCUAUACUGAUAUCAAGGAAGGCCAGAUGCAUCUGACAGCUGCUGCACUGAGUCUAGAUGGGUCAGAGUGCGUGAAGAUGUCUAUGAGCACAAGUAUUGAUUUAGAUUGUCCUGAAAAGCAAGAAUCCGGCAGUAAACAACUGUUCUCCGGUAUAGUGGCUCACAAUAAGCCCGUCGAACCACUAAAAGUUGCGGAGGAAUCUGGCAGUCAGCAAUUGUUUUCCGGUAUAAUGGCCCACAGUAAGCCUGUCGGACCAGUAAAAGCUGUGGAGGAAUUCGGCAGUCAGCAAUUGUUCUCCGGUAUAGUGGCCCACGGUAAACCUGUCGGACCACUAAAAGCUGCGGAGGAUUUGGGCAGAGAUCUUGCCAUCAAAAUCCUUGAAAAUGGAGGCAGGGAGAUUUUGCAUGCAGCUCAUGAAGAAAUUCAACAUCAUCAUCAUCAGGUGAAGAUAUGGUAGAGUAUCAUCUUGGACAAUCAAAGAUUAAAACAUUUGAAUAAUAUGUGCACAUGGAAGAUGUUUUUCUGCAUGCUGUUAACCAAGAGCUUGGUCAAUUUGUACUAUAGAUUAUUAAUCGCUUGAGACUAAUCAUACUGUACUCACCAAAGACUUUGGGCAAUUUGUACCAUGGAUUAUUGACCCCUUAGACUAACCAUUCUGUACUCAUCAAAAGUAUUGGACAAUUUGUACCAUGGAUUAUCGAUCCUUUGGGCUAAUACUGUACACAUCAAAGACGUUCGUCAAUUUGUACCAUGGAUUAUUGAUCCCUUGGACUAAUCAUUCUGUACUCAUCAAAGAUAUUGGACAAUUUGUACCAUGGAUUAUCGAUCCCUUGGGCUAAUACUGUACACAUCAAAGACGUUCGUCAAUUUGUACCAUGGAUUAUUGAUCCCUUGGACUAAUCAUACUGUACUCAUCAAAGACUUUGGACAAUUUGUACCAUGAUCCCUCAAUAUUGUGAUUUGUUCAAACUAUGGAUUAAUAUGAUCCAUAUAUUUUAUGGAUUCUACUAAACACCACAAAUAUAACAAUGUUCACUGAUUUUAACCAGAAAUUGAACAAUUAUCGCUAAAAAAGUUAGUUUUUAUAUUAAACAAUUUUACUCUCGGGUGGUAGAAUUUUAAAUAUUUUCACCACCGUGUGGUUCCAUGUGGUGUUUAAUGAAAAAUGUACAAUGGACUUUUAAUAUUGCGGACUAUUAUUGUUAUCUGAUGGAUGAUCUGUUUGAUGGGAUAGCAGAUCCAUUUAUAAGUAAUACAAAGUAUAUUCUUCUUUCACUGCUUAAAUUUCCAUGAUGUAAUAUGAGACAACCUGUGUUGUUUUUGCUGUUGUUGUUGCUGCUGUUGCUGCCGUUGUUGUUGCUGCUGUUGCUGCUGCUGUUUGUUGUUGCUGCUGCUGCUACUGUUGUUGCUACUGUUGUUACUGCUGCUACUGUUGU